AUGGGUAUCGGGCCACCACGUUUAGACAAGUACAUGAGAAUUCUCUCUCGACUCUUUGAGUUCCUUGCCCUAUUUCAUAUCCUUAAAAGAGCCAACGGUCCCCAUACCGCCGUCUCCCAACCCCCUGCAGACCUGCAAAGCGCAAGACGAAGGUUUCUGUCAAGUUUGUGUUUUUUUUGCGACUACCAAAAAGGCGGCAAAACAACAACUUCAAUAGCUCUGGAGUCCCGGGGCAACGGUGUUGUAUUUUGGGUUGCAGCGAACGUGUCGCCAAAUGAUGGCGUUGUUGCGUUUCUCUCUACUGUCCUAGAGGAUCUACGAAGAGAACCAACCUCUACGGAAACAGACAGACAAACGCUAAUAGCAAUGUUAACAUUCAGUUCUAUCCAGUUUGCUGCUCCAAGAUUAAGAAAAGAACGUGGAUUGCUAGAGCGGGCUGCGCGCUUCUGCGAGAAUUACUUGACAGCUAAUCUCGACACUAUUCAGACACCUGCUGACAAAGAAGUAGGAGUUUCCGCUUUACUAGACUGGUUACCUCAAUUCUCCUCCGCUACAACCGACCCUCUGAUCCUUUGUCAGGCUGCUUACAACGCUCGCCAUGAUCCUCAAAUAGCGACAUUAGAGGCUCUUAAACAAGAGAUGAUGGUGGCUCCACAGGGAGUAGCAGAGUCAUUUCAUUCUGUCAAGCAUCUCAUUGGCCGUCUAGCUGAGAAGAUUCGCACACCUGCCAAUCUCGUUAACGACUCACUUCUACUAAGACCGCUAUUUGACUCCUACGAAAUCAGAAGAGUAGAAGCCCCAAUCGCGGCAAGGGUACCUGUGACUGAUGGCUUAAGAAACCUGGAUUCAAUACUCAGAAGAAUGCUUCCUGCUGAUGAUCCACGCCUAAAGGACCUGCAAGCCUAUCUGGGGCAAUUGGAUGGCUCAAUGCGACUUGAAGAUGCGAUCAGGGCUGUUUAUGACGACGAGGAAAGACAUCAUAAUGUGCACGCAGAGGUCCAGGUUCUCGAAGAAUUUCAUCGCAAUCAACGCAAUUUUGUGGGACAUGAUCGUUACAUAGCCUGCAGCAAGCUUGCAUGCCUCUGCUGCAAAUUAUACUUCAAAUGGCAUCCAGGUAGAUUUGUGGAGCCCGAAUCUCACCAAAAGACAUAUCUCAACUGGCGUCCUAUCGAUCUACCUGAGGGCGGGGACAGUGAGCACUGGCCAGACCAGCGCCGUGUUUUGGCAAACCUUAGCAAAGAGCUAAGCAACCUUGUGGAAGAGCAGAUUGUAACCCAGCAACAACCGACCCCAUGGCAGCCAGAUUCGAUAACAAAUAUCACCGCGGUUAUGGGAUCUGUCGCACUUUCUGAAGUUGGAGAAGCGUUUGAGAGCGGGGAUGGAGAAAGUGAUGCAUUUACAGAUUCCGAUUCACUGGCGCAUCUCAAUGAUGAUGAGACUGUUGAUAACACUGAUAAUGGGUCUGGAGAUAGUGACGAGGAAUCUGAUGGAGGUCUAGGACUUCUUCAUUCUCUUUUUCCUCUCGUGUAUUUCUUUGACAUGUCUCUCGAGGUUAUCAGGUCUUGUGAAAGUCUCGUGACAUUGUAG